AUGACUAACACUAAACAUGCUCUCCCAGAACAGGUAGUCAAAGAAUCGACUCCAAAAGAAUCCUCCUUGGUUCAUUUGGAGCCCCAGAAGAUAGAAGAGAAACAGGUUAAUUUAUCAGAGAUCAAGGGGACAAAAUUCCCCUAUAAUCAGAAAGUAGAGCAAUAUUUAAUAUGGGAAUUAUUUGAAUUUAUUAGAUAUCAUGAUUCCAUAUCCUUACCGAAUUCUAUAUCCAGCAAACAUAUUCCAGAUGUUCCACUCGACGCCGACCUAACUCUAGGUUCUGUACCUCAUUUAGCUC